CACCGUCUGGCCCAUUCCAGGAGCUGGUUCCUCUCUCGGAUGCGCAGACUUUGGGGAAGUGUCUGGCUCCAAGGGACAGAGGGUCACAGAUAUUUAUAAGAGCUCGGUUGCCAUUUAGGUAGCCCAUUGAGGGAGCAGAUUCACCUGGCAGCAGCAUCCUGUUACACCCAGCAUGGAGCUCAACGUCCUCCUCCAUCUCCUGGCUUCUCUCCAGAUCCUUCCCCAGCUGGCAUCACCUGCAGCCCCCCUGCAAGUCCCCACGGUCAUUGUGGACCCCCAGCACCCUGUGUAUUUCCCGGGGGAGCGUCUCACCCUCAGAUGCUCAGCCCCUGGCGGGGAGGCAGUGAGCAGCUACCAGUUCUACAAUCAGCACGGGGAGCGGGUCUUCACAGAAACCACUGGCCUGUCCGGGGGGCCCUGGCUAGUCCUGACGGCUGAGACGGGGAAGGCCGGGGCGUACAGCUGUGACUACUGGGCAGUGAGAGACGGGCGGCCCAUCUACUCUGCACGAAGCCAGCCUCUCCGGGUACCAGUGAUGGAUUUCCCUCUUGCUCCAUCCAUCUCUGGGAUGUCUGAUUCCCCCGGGAAGAGCCCUGUUACCAUCGUAUGCUCAGCCCCUCAGGGACAUGUGGCUAAAAGGUACCAGUUCCUGAGGCAGGGGAAUGUCAUUGUCUCACAGUCGGGUGCCCGUCUCCGGCUCCAUCAGUCUGAUUUGGAUGCUACCGGCCCUUACACCUGCAGCUAUGAGGUCAAUGUCUCAGGGAGAAUGAUCCAGUCACUACCGAGUGCCCCCCUCUCAAUCCAUCUGACAGGGCCUUCCGUGCUCCCGGAAACCUUUCGGCCAACUCUGUGGCUGUCCCCAACGGGUCCUGAAUUCACCACCGGAGAUUCUGUUACCCUGACGUGCUCAGCUCCCAGCUGGGAUAAGAAGAAGGGGUUCUGCUUCCUCAAGGCUGGGGAAGAAGUGGCAUGCACAAGACAGGCACUGGAGGACUCUCAGAGUUACCAGAUUGGCAGACUCAGCAUGGAGGAUUCUGGCUCGUACACCUGUAUGUACUGGGUAGCUGAACUUGGGAAGGAGAUCUCCUCCCUAGAGAGCCAGCCCAUCUCCAUCACAGUCAGAGAUGUCUCACUGCCCCCGUCGGCCCCCCAAAUCAUUCUGGAUCCCCCAAAACACAUCUAUUUUCAGGGGGAACAUGUCAAGCUCACCUGCUCAGUUCCUGGCAGCGAGCAGGUGGGGGGAUACAGAUUCUACCAUCAAAGAGAGGAGCAGAUCUCCGAGCUGGACGAGGGGCCUUGGCUAGAGCGUGUGGCUAUGACUGGGAAUGCUGGGGCUUACUCCUGUGCCUAUUGGAUAAUCCGAUCUGGGCAAGCGAUCCUGUCAGGGAAAAGCGACUCCAUCUCCAUCGCUGUGACUGCUCCUCCAUUGGCCCCCAAACUCUCUCUGCAUCCCAAGCUCCCCGUGUACCUGCCUGGGGAGAAGGUCACCCUCACCUGCUCAGUCCCCCAUGGCAAGGAGGCUGUGGGGUUCAGGUUCCACCAACACAGAGGGGAUCAGACUCCUGAAGAGCUGCCAGCAGCCAGCAGGGGACCCUGGAUGGAGCUCAUGGCGCAGAUGGGGAAUGACGGCUCCUACACCUGUCAGUACUGGAGAUGGGAGGCCGGGCAGGAGAUUGUGUCUGAGGACAGUAACAGCAUCACUGUACCAGUGUCAGACCCCCUUCCCCAGCCAUUGCUGAGCGUGGAUCCCCCAUCUGGAGAGGUGAGUGAAGGGCUCCCCCUGCUCAUCGCCUGCAUGGCCCCUGGUGAGCUCGGUGAGUGGAGAUUUCACUUUUACAAGGAUGGAACUGAGAUUGUCCCCAGAGAUGAGGGGUUUGAGAUCAGCACCAUGGAGUCCAUCUCUGGCUCUAUGAACAUCUGUUUGCUCAGCAUCCCACGGGCUGGUCCUAACAACACUGCGGAAUUCACCUGUGGGUACGAGAAGAACAUGAGCGGGAGGUGGAUCCAGUCCCUCAGGAGCCGGGCUGUGAAUGUUACCUGGAAUGUCACCAGGAAUUACAGCUGGAGAGGAGGCUGGGCUCUGCCCCUCCCCUUGGUGGUCGGUUGCGGUGGUGGAGGAGCCGCUCUAGGGCUACUGGCUCUUCUUGGCUGCUGCUGCAGAAGGAAUAAGAAAGGUAGCAGCAAGACAGCAGCUGGCUACCUGGGUGUCAAUGGAGCCCCUGGGGUCAAUUUAGCUCUGCAGCAAAGGAGCCGUGACGGGUGGGAUCAGCCGGUGAUGCACAACCAGUGACGGCUGCCCAGCAUCCCUGGUGGGAAUUCCAAGAAAAGAGACAAGGGAGAAGAGGAUGCAGGCACCGGGGCAGGAUGCAAAACCCUGUAUGCAGUAGCCACAUGCUCCCCUGUGAGCCCGGGGAGCUCCACGUUCCACCAGCGAGGAGGGAAUUUGGUCUCAGAGGAAGUUGUGUACAGUGAACCCCUCUUCUAAUCCCUGUCCCCCAACUUCCCAGCAGCGCCCUGCUCCCAUUGACUGAGAAUUCCCCAGACCUCAAGCUCUGCUGACUCUCAAACCUUUGUCACAGCAAACACCUCAGUUUUGUUCUUUUCAUCUUGUGGAUUGAGGGGGGUGGGAGGCAGGACUCCUGGGUUCUAUACCCAGAUUUGGGAGGAGAGUGGGAUC